UUGCGCGACGUAACCAUGCAAGUAACGAGGAAUGGAAACCGAACAUCCGCGUCGGCAACUCAAACUUCUUUCCAAGAUAUUUCCGACGUCGAGGAAUUUCUGGACUUUAUCGCGUCUCUUCGCCUGCAGUACAUGCCCCAUAGGGGAAGUCAAUGGGAUAGGGUGCUUCAACGGGCUGAGUUCUUCUCGACUUCAGUGCACCACUUCCGGAAAGCGCUCAAGGACUUCGUUCCCUCCAGCGAUGAGGCGGCUCACCUUGUUUGGGGAAACUGCGUUGCCGAAUAUUACUCUCGCGGUGGAACAUCCAACAGCGUUGCUGAGUUCGACGCCACUUUCGGACGCGCUGCCACUGUCUUUUUCGAACACAGGGACUCCCUUGCCAAUGCGUUUUGGACCACUCAGCUGGGAAAAGAAUCUUCAAUGAUCGAGGACAUCCGUCAAUUCCUGUCACCCAACGAUACGAUCGCCAAAGAGCUGGUUUCCAACCGCCUUGGGACAUGUAGCCGCCAUGAGGAGUUUACAUGCGAAUGGUUUGACACGCCGUUGAAGGACUUCUUCCGCUUUGGCCAAGAAAAUGUCUUCCUCAUAACCGGCAAAUCUGGUUGUGGAAAGAGUGUCUUGGCGGAAUGGAUUGUUGAGAGGCUGCGUCGUCGACAAGGACGGCUCAGAUGCGAUGUUAUAUCCUACUUCAUUGAGCCUGACAUCAAAUCUCAGACAUCGCCUCUGAGCAUUGUCAAAGGCCUGCUCUUACAGCUUUUCGACAGAAGCGUAGGCAACAUCGAAAUGGCCGAACGCAUCACGUCUCUUCUCAAAGAACAGGUCUGGAAUGAGGACAAGAUGGAGCAAGCCCUGUGGGACGUCCUCGAAAUCGGGUUGAAAGACAAGCAGUUCAUGAUUGUUAUCGAUGGGCUUGACCAGCUCGAUGGAGGUGACGACGCAUGCACCAGGUUUAUUGGCCGCCUGCAUCAGAUGACUUCGAAGUGCCCCACAGGCAAGGCUAUUGUGUUGUCUCGGCCACUUAGGAAGUCAGGAACUGGCCAUAUUCGGCUUUACAACAUCGAAGUCAAACACGUCACGGAAGAUAUCACACGUGUUGUCCGAAGUUUGGUCGCCUCAUCCCUUCCAGCGAUCUCAAUGGAUCAAAAGUCGACCAUCGUCCAGCGUUUGGUAUCUUGUGCAGAUGGCUCAUUCACACAAGCCGUUCUCAUCCUGGAGAUCCUCAAGCAAGAAAAGACGUUCGACGGCAUCACUCGAACGUUGGACAAGGCCCCAAAGACACUGCUUGAGACGGUGCAAAAACUUCUCUCUUUCCUAAAACUCGAUCACAAGGAAACACGGUCUGCCAUUUCCUGGCUCUUGGCCGCUCAUCGACCUCUCACCGUAGAGGAAAUCCGAUGUCUGAUGAGCAUCGACACAGCCAACAUGACCAGUACACCAAGGCUCACUGAUGCCGAGAACGAUGUGCGGAGCGCCCUCGGCCCUUUCGUACGCACUCAAAAUGGAGUUGUCCGAUUCAGCCAUCUACCCAUCAGACAUCAACUCCUCGAGCUCGCAGCGGGCGUGAAAGAAUCCGGCAAGGCCGAUGCACGCUUCCCGUUUAGCCUCCAGGAAGCGCACUGCGACUUGGUUCUCAAAUGCCUUGCUUAUGCGAACAUCUCCUUUACGGAGUCACUCUCCCCCACGAUGGAAGCCCUUCCUCAUGGCCACAUGAAGAGACUAUUUGAGCGCUAUCCGCUUUUGGAAUACACUGUGCGGUACUGGGCAAUCGAUUUCCUGAACUCGCCCAUGUGCCAGAAGAAUGGCCAACCAAACAUCACCAACGAGCUCAAAAAAGUCUUCCCAACAUGCACUGCGUUGGCCGUACUUGAAUUCAGCUGCUGGAGUCCACAGACCAUGGCGACCGACACCAUCAAGUUGCAGGAAAUGGCCAUGAACCUGCGGCAAGCCAUCACAGGCGACCAUUCAGAGACGACUUUCCAGUCACUGAUCGCCAUCUCCCGCACAUAUCAGCAGCUUUCUCGGACCCCCGAGGCGCAGGCGAGCUACGCUCGUACGUUCAAAAUCGGCCUCCCGCUAUUGGGCCAACUCAACGGCGUGCUAGCCGCGAUUGUGGCCGAGUACGUGCAAUCCACCGAGAGAGUUGCGCCGCAAAAAGACCAAAAAUCCAUGGAGGUUUGGGAAGAAAUGCUGCAGUAUCUGAUUUCGUACCUGAAGCAUACACGGGGCGCAUCGGACUCACUCACCAUCAAGUACACGGGUGAACUGGCGGCGCUAUACCGUCAGACCAACAAAAUCGAUCGCGCCGGCGAGCUGCAACGAGAGCGCUACAACAUGUGCGUUGAGCACUAUGGGCACCAGCAUCCCGAGACUGUCAAUACGCGCAGGAGCUUGACGCAGCUCCUGAAGGACACUGGCAAGACGUCCGACCUCACUGGGUACGAAGUGUCCAGCUACGAGUCAUCGCGCAAUUCGCUUCCUCUCACGGACCGCGCUCUCAUCGACGCGGCUCUCAGCAUGGUGGCCCACUACGAGACGAUACAGAAGACGGGCAAGGCAGAGGGCGUGUUGGUGGAGCUGUGGCAGACCAUUGCGCGGACGGCCCAGACCAACAACUCGCCUGCACUGCAGGAGCGAAAGGUCCAGAUCGCGCUUGAGUACGAAAGCUUCUUGGAGAGCCACGACCGCACUGACGACGCGAAAAACGUCCUUGUCGGCCUCUGGUCCGAGUACGAGAGAUGUCUCAACCAGUCGUCCCAGCUGGAUUUCACCGAAGAGACGCUGAUGAGCGUCCUCACCAUCGGCAAAAGGCUGUGCCAUCUGUCUUCGCUCAGCACAGCAAAGCUGAUAUUCAUGACGCUGUGGACGUUCUGCAAGCAAAACAACAAGCAGAACAGCGAGCUAGCCAGGGAAUCUGCGCUUUGGCUGUCCAAGGUAACCAAGGAAGUGUCAAGGUCUUUCGUCUUCGACACUUCCACGAAGCCGGGCACGUCGGCCCCUGGCGAGCACACCGGGCACUCAACGCAAUCGGGAGCUCUCAUGACCGCGGAAACACUAUCCGCACUGUAUGUGCGGCAGGAGCGGUGGUCCGAGGCCGUCAAGGUCACGUUCAAGGUGCUCGAGGUCACCUGGCCAUCGAUAGUGAACGGGGACAAGGCGGUCCUUCCCUUGCACAACCGCAACGAAACCAUCGACCUCGCCAAGCGCCUGGCACUGUGCUACUUCAAGCAACGACGGAUCGGCAAAGCCGAGCUUGUCCUCGUGCACGUUUUCCAGUCGUGCAAAACCCUGGGCCCGCAAGACGGCCUGUUCCUGGCGGCGAUGAAAGAGCUCGAGGAUUUCUACGAGACGACGUACCAGUUCGAAAAGGCCAUCGACGUGCUCGGCGAGACGUACGAGCUGCAGAAGAAGAACCUCAAGCCCAGACACGCCACUACCAUCGAGACAGCGUACCGGGUGGGGCGGCUUUGCAGAGAGCUGCACCGGAUCAAGGACGCCGAGAAGUAUUUCUUAGAAGUGGUUACGGCUUUGGAUUCUGGGAGCAACAUUCUCGAGUGGGGCGCGGUCGAGGCGGCGCUCGCCUUGUGUUCGAUUUACAAGGAGCUGCAGCAGUGGAAGGCGGCCGAGCACUACUACACGCUGCUGUGGCAGACGUUCCUCCAAAAGGCCGAGGUCCCUUAUCGCUGGAUGCCUGACACCGUUGAGAGGAUGUUCUACGGCUACUUUGGGUUGCUUGACAAUAGGCUCCAGGUUGAGCACAAGAUGCUCAUCCGAAUCUCAACAGAGUAUCGAGAGAGGUGUCUCAAGCUCUUCAGCGGGCAAGACGAGAUGGUAGCCAAGGCGACGAUUCAUCUGGCGGUGGUGUAUGGGCGGUCGGACGAGCACCGCUCGCAGGCCAUUUCGACCUACGAGAGCGCCUUCUCCAACACUUCCAAGAGCCCGAGCUUCAGCAAGACGACGAUCAAGCAGAUUACGCAGGCGAAGCAGAACCUCGCGCAUUUGUACUCGACCCAGGCUUCCACGAGCAACAAGGGCGUGACGCUGUACGCGGAGGAAUACCAGCAGAUCGUAUCCCGGGAGGGGUAUGCCUCGGACCAGGCCAUUGGGCAACUUACCAAGAUGACUUCGUCCCUCUCCAAAGAGACGAACCAGGAAACCAUCGGCCAGGUUCUGCAGCUUCUGCAAGCCUCCGUGACCAAGAUCGCGCUCACUGAAACGGAUCGCCGGAAGUUGUUUGUGUCAGCGCAGGCGAUGGCCAGGCUCUACCUGCAGCUGGGCAAGAAGGACACGGGGAUGUGGAUCCUCAGCGAGUUCCGGAGGCAGAUCAUCACCGAGGAAUACGACUCCAAGCUCAGCAUCAAAGGCGCGGGAAGGCACACUCUCGUGUUCAUAGUUGCGUUUGAGGAAGCGCUGCGCGGCGCAACGACCAACAGCCUCUUCAGCGAGCUCAUGGCGUCGCUGUUGAACGAGCAUCUUCUCUACCAGAGCUACGUCCAAGCAACCAAGAACAGGACCAGUUUCGAGGUUACCUUCAGCCAUGGGUCGCGUCUGUGCUUGCUGUACAAGCAGGCGCAACGUACCGAGGAGUUCAAGAAGGUCGAGCGAGACCUGUUCAAGCAGUUCGUGUCCUGCUUCCAGACCUCAGAGUCCUCGCCCAUGGCCAAGGAGUUCUUUGGCAUCUGCAUCGACGAAAUGGGCAAGAACGACAGGGACUUUGCGGUUGUUUCGGCCACGAGCACAAACGUGCAGAAGUACAUGGAAGCGUCCAAGUUCAAGGAAGCGUACGAGCUGUCGGUUUUCAUCGACCGAUUCCUCCAGCUCUAUGGCGGGUAUCAGAACCGGCAGAACAUUGAACUCGCCUUUAAGCUCUGCCUUGGGCUGGCAGGGCGCGGGACCCGCAAGUGCCAGGAGCAGAAGCUGCACCAGCAAAUGCUCGAUCUGUCCGCGUCCAUCCUGCAGAGGGUGCUGGAGUCCUUCCGGCGCUCCGACAUCAGCUUCAGCGCCAUGUCGCUGGCCGAGCUGAACGAUCUGGUCGGCUUGCUCGGCGAGCAAAAAGCGUAUGAAGCACUAGAGAUGAUUCUCUCGACGCUGUGGACGUCGCGGCACUCGCAGACGGUGUGGUCGUCGGCCGUCAUGGUCAACAUCGGGCAGCGCCUCGUCGAGGUGCAGUUUAUCCUGCCCGGGCGGCGCGAGCACGCCAUCCACCUGGCCGAGGACAUGACGUACAACCUGCGGCGGGUGUGGGGGGCGGUGGACGCGACGACGCUGGAGAUGUUCGAGCUGCUGGGUAGCCUGUACACGGCGGACGGGAACCACCGCGCGGCGAUGGGCGUGUACGAGCGCGUGCUGCGCGAGGUGCUGGAUGCGUACGAGGAGUACGGCAUGAUUGACACGGCCGAGGGCGCCCAGCUCGCCGUCACGUACCUCGAGCUGCUGAAGCGCUCGUUCCUGCGCCUGGGCGGCUGGGACAAGGACGCUGCCCAGUACCGCAACCUGUACGGGCAGCUGCGGGAGCUGUUCCAAGGCGAGCAGGCGUGGUCGGCCAACGCCGUCGCCAGCCACGGCAUCGACUGGAACGUCAAGGAGAAGGGCAACGGGCUGGGCAUGUGGAAGCAGCCGGCCUCGUUCGAGUUCUACACCGAGAGCGAGAAGAUGAAGCACCAGAACCACUUGCGCCGCACGAGUGGGCUG